GGGGCGCAGGAGGAGGAGGAGGAGGAAGAGGAGGCAGCGGCGGCAGCAUCCGCGAGAUGGGGAAGUAGCUGGGAGUCGCGCCGAGCCCAAGCCGAGCCCGCCAUGGCCUGCGCCAGCCCCAGCCCCAGCCGGGCUGUCACGGCCAAGGUCACGACCACGGCCCCCGAGAUGCACGACGUGCCCCUGGUGGCGCUCAACUUCAGCGUGAGGAGACGCCUGUCGCUCUACCUCAACCCUCCCACCCAGGUGUCAGCCUACUGGCCCUCGCUGGCCGAGGAGCUGGGCUUCGACUACCUGGAGAUCCAGAACCUGCAGACGCAGCCGGACCCCACGGGCCGCCUCCUGGACACCUGGCAGACGCGCGAGCUGGCCACCGUGGGCCGCCUCUUGGAGCUGCUGAGAAAACUGGAGCGCUUCGACGUGCUCGAGGAUCUGCGGCCCAGCAUCGACGAGGACUGCAAGAAGUACCUGAAGAAGCAGCAGGAGCAGGAAGCCGAGAAGCCUCUGCAGGUGCCUGCGGUGGAUAGCAGCUUCCCCCAAACCUCGGAGCUGUUGGGAAUCACCACCCUGGAUGACCCACUGGGACAAAUGCCUGAACGCUUUGAUGCCUUCAUCUGCUACUGUCCCAGCGACAUCCAGUUUGUUAAGGAGAUGAUAAAGCACCUGGAACAAACAGAUCACAGGCUGAAGCUGUGUGUGGCGGAUCGGGAUGUGCUGCCCGGUGCCUGUGUCUGGUCCAUUACCAGUGAGCUCAUUGAGAAGAGGUGUCGAAGGAUGGUCGUUGUUGUUUCUGAUGAGUACCUGCAGAGCAAUGAAUGUGACUUCCAGACCAAGUUUGCUCUUAGCCUAUGUCCUGGGGCUCGACAGAAGCGCCUGAUUCCUGUCAAGUACAAGGCUAUGAAGAAGGAAUUCCCCAGCAUCCUGCGCUUCAUCACUGUCUGUGACUACACCAACCCCUGCACCAAGAGCUGGUUUUGGCCACGCCUCGCCAGAGCCCUCUCCCUGCCCUGAGGGGACCUCUCUCGGGUUGCCCAGGGCCUCCUAGGACUGCCUGACUCUGUAGGGGUGGGGGCGAAGCCUGGUCUCCCUCUUUAGCCAAAACUACCCCCUACAGACACAGCUGAAGUCUGUAUCACGUGUGCAGCCCGUGUUGGAUUUCAUACAUGUAAUCCUCCAGAUCUGUCAUGACCGUAGGUAAGCCCUAGGGAGCUGCCUGAGGCUGAGAGUGAUUGAGGAAUAUGCUCAGUCACACAAGAAGUCAGUGUCAGACGAAGACUUUGAACCCCAGCCAUCCUGGAUUCAAGUCUUUCCCUCUAUCCACUACGCCAUGAUGCCUAGUAGACAAGUCAUCCUAAAGAGAAAAGAUGUUCCAUGGUUUGUCUGGAAAGAAGUCCUGUAGAUAGCCCCGUGCGAUGACUGUUUCCUUAUCUAAGUGCCUACACACCACCCCUUUAAUGAUCUCUUAGAGAACUGGACGGCGAAUUGAGACCAAGCUCCCCAGGGCAGAGUCUGGAGCAUCCACCUUCUUCCCCUUCUCUGAAAACCUCUAGACUUGCAUCAGCCUCCUUUCCCAUGAUUUCUCAACUUUUCUGCAAUCAGUCUCCAAGUUAUCUCGUCUUUGGGGACAGUUCUUCUGGGCAGCUGGAUGCUCCCUUCUUAAGUCUUCAUUCUCUUUGGCUUUCGAUGAACCAUUUCCCUUCUUCCUUCCCUAGUGUGGAGAUCCUUCUCUCUGCUAGAGAAGCCAGAGACACAUGGCCAAUAUCUUGUCCUAUGCAAGGGCUGUCCUUGUCCACGAUCUCUCUUUGGUACGCCACCUGCCCUCACCCCAGGGAAGCCUGAUGGAGGUUACCUACAGGAGGAGAUGAAGAAACUAAAAACUCUUGGUGCCAAACUCAAGAGACAGCCAUUAGCAGCUGCAUCCCAAUGAAUAACCCUUUACAGAGCCAUAACUAGGAAUUUUUGCACCAGAGGGACCCACCACACCCAGGGCAAGUAAUAAAAAAAGCCUCAUAGCUGGGGGAACAGACAUUGGGAUAUUUGUUGUUAGAAAGGUUGCUGAGGGGCUGGAGGGGUGGCAGGGUGGGGAAGGGAAAUAACUCUCUCUGGGUAGCUUCCAAUUUUAAGUAAUUCUUCCUGACUAGGUCCUAAGCUUGGCUGUUUAUAGCAUUGAAAGGACUUCAGGUAUUGAUUGGGUGCCCUUUAAGUUCAGCAUCCUGGGACAAAGCCUUGAUCACCGCCCCCCUUAGUUAUACUUUAUGGGUUCAGUGCAUUGCAUAUCAGUGCCUGAGGUGCUAUGGUCCCUCAGCAACCCCUUGUGUGAAUAUUUCCCUAUUUCCCUGCUGUAUUGUUGCUCCCAACCAUCCCGUUCCAGCAGUGAGAUACUUCCUUUUCCUCUACUCCCGGAGUAAGUGGGCUCUGAUUGUUACCUCCAACUCAGGGAAUAUAUCCCCUGCUGCUAGAACAAGCCUGGAUUCCAUAUUGGUGCAAACCAGGCUAUACUCUUUGACUACUCCAUUAAGAGGUGAGAGGCACAAUGGGGACUAGACAUUUUUCUUUACCAGAGCAAGUAGCAGAGAACAGGCCCAGAGUAGGAGGUCCAAAAUGUGUCCACAUAAAGCUUCUGGGGAAGCCAGAGAGAGGGGAGAAGAGUCAAUUAGGCCAAUGGGUGGAGCAAGAGCCUACCUGUGACAUGGUGGCUUUGGGUGGAGGGAAAGAAAGUUUCUUUUUAAAUUAAUAUUCUUACUAGCUAAGCUCAGUUGUUUCUAUGCUAUUGAAGAACUGAAAAAUGUUCAAAUUUCAUCACCAUGGUAGAAAGCAUUUGUUGCCCCACCUUAGUUGUGAUUCUGGUGGAAGGUUUGUUGGGGGUGAUUGGGGAGUACGUUGACAACAUGCUGAAAGCUGUCAGGAGGAGAAGUCGAGUUAUCUGCAGCACUUGCUCUGAGACACUCUGCGUAUUGAAGCUUUUGGCUUCUGCCUGGGGAGACCUGUCUCAAGGCUCACCAAGUCAGAAAUGGGUGUUCUGGCUCUGCCCUAGCCGGGCAGCUCAAAGGCUGGCUAUUCUGGGUUUUCCGAUGAAGACUGGAACAGAAGCAGACUGCAAAUUGAAAGGAGAUGAAUAACAGAAUGGAAAGAGCCCCAGCCUGGGAGUCAGGAGCCCAGUGUCCUAGCCUCUGCUUUAUAGGCAACAAACAUUUAUUAAAUACCAACCAUGUGCCAGACACUGUGCUGAGCCCUGGGAUGCGAACACAAGCAAACAGAAGGACCACUCCCUGCACUCCUCAGGGAGGAAGCCACGUCAUAAAAGGGAGCUGGGGGGAUGGGGGAGAAUAAUGGCUACCCACAUAGGGAAAUGGGGGCAAAGUCUAGAGAGUCAGCAAUAGAGCGAGUGGGAUGAAACAUAGCCAUCUUGGGCCCAUCACCAGAUGCAGAUCCUGGAAGGGAAUCCCCAGUGGGAGAAGGGAGCUUGGGUGGUGCAGAGACAUCGAAGAGUGAGAAGGAAAGGGCAAGGGAAAGGCAGAAACUGAGGGACUGUGGUGAAGUCCUCAGAGUCAGAAGCAGAGCUGUCCAGUCCCCAAAAUGGACACCCUGAAAGGUCACCAAGGGACAACAGGGACUGACACGGCAGAGGGAUGUUGCUUUGAACAAUUUACUUUCCCUCCCCGGGCUUCAGUUUCUCCAUUUGUAAAGUAGCAGUGACAUGGGUAGAGCUGUGUCUGUACAAAUUGGGGAACCUUCAACUUGGUUUAAGUUGUGGUCACAAAAGCAGAAGGAUAUUGGUGUAAGGACUGACAUACCUAAAGUGUAAACAGCCUGGACUCUCACCUUUUACAAAAAUUGUUUUCUGAAAGAUCUUCCUUUCCUUUGCUCUUCCCCCUGAAAUGGAAAACCCUGUUACAAGAAAAAUGGUUAAGUAAAACCAUCUCCUGCACUGAGCACAUCUGGCAGGGUAUACAGCACUCUGCCCUAGCAGGCCCCCACGUGUUCAGAGAAGGGAGGUAUGCAUUACUAAGUCUGGCCUUUUAUAAAAAUUUAACAAUAGAUUCAUUAAAUGCUGGACCAGAAGAGGACUCUAGUGGUCAUCUUGUCCAACCUCUCACUCUUAGAAGAGACUUAGAAUGUUGAAGUAACUAAUAAUUCCCCAUGUAUAUAAAUUGCGCUACUUCUCGAAGCACUUUCACAUCCAUUUUUCCAUUGGACAGGGUACUGCUUCACUUUGGCUUUUCAUGCAGUAGGCACUUAAUAAGUGCUCUUUGAUUGAUCUGUAAACAACAGCAGGUAGGCGGGGAAAGCACUGUUACAUUUAUUUUAAAGAUGAAGUUGAGUAGAAAGGGAUAAAGAAUGUAUUCUAUACUUAUAAAAUAAAAGCUAUGCUCUACA